GUGAGGGGUCAAGGGGCGGGUUGCUCUGUUCCCGGGCUCGGUGCUGAGGCGGUCUUAGCGUUUGAAUCUCGGGCCGGAGAGGCAGCGGCGCAAGAUGCAGGAGCUCAUUUCCAAUGUGGAGCACAUCAGGUUUGAGCUGGAGAUGGCGGUGGAGCAGCAGCUGGGGGCUCAGCCGCUGCCUUUCCCGGGCAUGGACAAGUCUGGUGCAGCGGUAUGUGAAUUUUUUCUGCGGGCGUCAUGUGGGAAGGGUGGAAUGUGUCCCUUUCGCCACAUUAGUGGUGAGAAGACAGUGGUGUGUAAACACUGGUUGCGGGGGCUGUGCAAGAAAGGAGAUCAGUGUGAAUUCUUACAUGAGUAUGACAUGACGAAGAUGCCAGAGUGUUAUUUCUAUUCCAAGUUUGGAGAAUGUAGUAACAAAGAAUGUCCAUUUCUACAUAUUGAUCCUGAGUCCAAAAUUAAAGACUGUCCAUGGUAUGACAGAGGAUUUUGUAAACAUGGUCCUUUGUGCAGGCACCGGCAUACCCGCCGAGUCAUCUGUGUAAAUUAUCUGGUGGGGUUCUGUCCCGAAGGCCCCUAUUGUAAAUUCAUGCACCCUCGGUUCGAACUACCAAUGGGUACUGCUGCUGACCAACCACCACUGCAACAGCAACAGCAGCAAAAUGUUAAUCAGUUUCAACAGCGAUCUUCCUCCUUGGUACAGAUUACUAGCACGAACACUAGUGUCGGACAGCAGAAACCAGUUACACAAUCCGGAGGAUCAGCACAACAGUCCCAGUUUCAGACAUCAUCAAAUCGAGGCCCCAGACCAUUGGAACAAGUCACAUGUUAUAAGUGCGGUGAAAAAGGGCAUUAUGCCAACCGAUGCACCAAAGGACACUUGGCGUUUCUUAGCGGUCAGUAGUGAUCUCACUGGUGAAAAUUAUUCUGGAAAAACUCAAGUUCAACUGAUGCCCCAAUGGAAUGGACAUUUUAUUCUUCGAAGGGGCUAGCAAUUUAAAAGCUGAAUUUGAUUUUUUUGUCCUUCCUUGCACACACUGUGAUAGUUGUUACUGCUGUCUAAGCUACCAGUUAUAAUUGAGGUUUGGUGUUGGGAAGGACUGCACUCUGACGAAUGAAAAAGCUACAGAGAAUAACUACAACUGGAGCUUUUACUGUACCUCACCCAUAGUUUUUUUAAUCUUCUAACAAACUUUCCAAUAAACAGAUGUGCAGUGGAUUCAAAUGAAACUGAGAGGCAAGAACACAAGUUCAAUAGAUUACUGCAAGUUAUCUUCAACUGUGAUAUUUCUAAUAUCAUUGUGUAUGUUUCUUUUUUGAUUUUCUAAAAACACCUACUUUGAGGGUAGUUUUGUAAUUUCCCAUCAGUCAGGCUUGAAUUUCUUCAAUUAGAAGCCUUUUAAGUAUACCUCCCAACUUGUGACAUGUCACAUAUGGAGCUCCAUUUGUGCUUGGGGUGGGUAUGCAAAACUGCCGGCUAUACAGUCUUACACAAACAAGGCAUCUUCCCCUUUCAGAAUGUUUAAUGUUGAGAUAUUGUGAUGACGGUUGAGUUGUGCACAUGGUUAAUUGGGCAGGAGGGCAUUGCAAAUGCCAUUAAUGUGUUUGGCAUGGAUGGUUUCCAGCCUAGGUAUAACAUUAUAGCACACUACCAUCCAGACAACCACUCAUGUAAAUUAACACAAAAAUAGGAAGAAAAUUCUGGCCUUGUGUAAGCAGCUGCAAAUAGCUGUUGAAAUUUUGAAUUAAUUGAUAUGGAUUACUUUGCUACAUCAAGUUUCUUGAUAUGGUGUCAUAUUAAUUUGCCUCUAUGUUAUUACAUUUUAUAGGAAAAAGGUUUUUAGUUUUGCGGCAAAAGAGAAGUGCAUAAGAGUUGCAGAAAUUCUAUUCUUAAAGCCUCAAUUACCAUUUGACUGUAAAGGGUUCAUUUUUAUCCAAUUUAAUAAAUAUUUUUUAACAAAGA